AUGCCGCUGGUCGAUUACGGGAGCUCGUCUGAUGAGGACGAAAAUGAGAUUCAGGGAAGCAGUGCCACAGCAAACCUCUACAAGGACCGUGAGCGACCUCCAGACAACCCCGACCGUCACCAAGGUCGGAUUCGAGCUCGUGCCCACGUUGAUGGAUCGUGGCCGGUCCACGUUUACCUCGAAGCACCCUCUACGAUCUCCAUGCUCCAAUCGGUUGAGUCCCUCAAGAAGAAGGGCGACGCUCCCGUUGAAGCUGAGAGUGCUGAGGAUGCCACUGAGCUCCACAUCAGUCUGACACGACCAAUAUUCAAAGUCAACUUUUCUGGUGUCCAGAGUUUCUCCAACGAUGAUCAAACACGUUCGUUCCUCAGUCUUCGUGUGGGAGCAGGUCAUGCUCAGCUAGAGAGUCUUGUGGCAGAGAUGGAUAAGAUUGCUCAGCGAUACUCGCAGCCCAAGUUUUACCCGGACCCUCAGUUCCAUGCCAGCUUUGCGUGGGCACUUGGAGGCGGUAUGCUGAACUCUGGAGUUGUAGAGUCGAUGAGUGAGUUGAAUGGUGAGCUGGGCCAUGAUCUGCGCCAUUGCUCGGUCGGAGUGAAGAAGGUGAAUUGGAAAAUUGGGCAGAAGACUGGGUCGGUAGAACUUUUGGUUGAGUGA